AUGGCGUCCUUAAGGGAACCUGGUCGGGAUGUCGGAGUGAAAGAUACCGUGGAAACUCCCGAACGCGAACAACCAGGAGGCACCGAAGAAAAAAGAAGCAAGAAUGAUGGCAUGGGCAACAUCCCCUCAUAUAGUUUGGCGGGCUCGGGCGCCCAGAAUCCAAACAACAACCGAGGAUAUGCAGAUGAAGAGUACAAGCAGUACAACCCCCAGUAUGGCAAAAGCGACGAUGAACCGACCUGGAGUUUGGCUCAGCCACUCCCUCAUAUUGUCCGGCCUGGCAUGCGUCAUGGCGCCUUGCCAGAGGAUCGAAGGGAAGAUGAAGGCGACAUGAAAGAGAACGGCCAGGAUCUAGCGCAGGCGGAUGAGGUUCGGAAACAGCAGUCGGUGGAAAGGCGAGUGAAGAGGGUCAACGAUCCCAAAGAAGACGGCUUUUUCAAUACUUGGUCGAAAAUUCGUCACUAUCUUCGUGAGCCGCUGGCCGAAUGGCUCGGGACAACUAUGGCAAUGACAAUCGGUCUCUGCGCCACCUUAUCGAACUUCACUUCCUCUAGCCAAGCCGGGUCAUACCCUGCUCAAAGUGUCGCCUGGGGCUUUGGAUUCAUGGCCGCCAUCUACACUACUGGUGGUAUGUCUGGUGGACAGUUAAACCCAGCCAUCACAAUCUCGCUGUCUGUAUUUCGUGGAUUCCCGGCGCGUCGAUGUGUUAUCUACAUCGCUGCGCAACUUCUGGGUGCUAUCACCGCGGGGGGUAUAUCAUACGCGCUCUACCAUGACGCCAUUGUUGAAGUCGCGAACUUGGCCAAAGUACCUCAAAAUGCAAGCGUCGCCGCUCAGGCUCUCCUCACCUUACCUAAACCAUUCGUCCGCCCUGCGACUGCGUUCUUCACUGAGUUUGUGGGCAGCGCAAUCCUAGUUGGUUCUAUUCUCGCUCUGGGAGAUGACACAAAUGCACCCCCAGGGGCGGGAAUGCAGGCCUUUAUUAUCGGGAUUAUCAUUUCGAUUGUGAUCCUUGCACUUGGGUAUAAUACUGGAGGUUGUUUCAACUGCGCCAGAGACUUCGGACCGCGACUUGUUGCCCUUAUGGCUGGAUGGGGUGGGCAGAUAUUCCGAGAAUACCAUGCAUGGUGGAUUUGGGGUCCAUGGGUUGCAGAUAUCACCGGUGCAUUGUUUGGUGCCUUGCUCUACGACAUGGCUAUCUUUACUGGUGGCGAGAGUCCAGUCAAUUACCCCCCACGGAGGCGAAAGCGGGCGUACCGCGUGAGAGCUUUGAAUCUUCGGAAGAAACUUCGUGUUGGGAAAAGAAAGGUCCCCGAUCUUGAGCAUUCAGUUGCGGAGACCGAGCGCUGA